GUGAGAAGUAGCGAAGCAGGCAGGCGACCCCGCUGCGGCUGCGGCGCAUCCGAUCUCCGGGCCGUGCGUGGCCUCGCUGCCGGGAGCCGCGCCCCAGAGCUCGCUGUUUGCUGGGCAAGCACACUUCCAGUCCCCAGCUCCAAAGUCAAAUUGUUGAAGGUAUUUUCUCCAGAAAGAAAACAAAAUUGAUGCCUUGCAUCCUGGAAGUUCAUUUAGGAAUCUGAAAUUAGGGACUUCUUUAAAAUUUGGACAUGGCUAAUCGAGGAGCAACAAGACCCAACGGGCCAAAUACUGGAAAUAAAAUAUGCCAGUUCAAACUGGUUCUUCUAGGAGAGUCUGCUGUUGGCAAAUCAAGCCUGGUGCUUCGUUUUGUGAAAGGCCAAUUUCAUGAAUUUCAAGAGAGUACCAUUGGGGCUGCCUUUCUAACCCAAACUGUGUGUCUUGAUGACACAACAGUAAAAUUUGAAAUAUGGGAUACAGCUGGCCAAGAACGGUAUCAUAGCCUCGCACCAAUGUACUACCGAGGAGCACAAGCAGCCAUAGUUGUGUAUGAUAUCACAAAUGAGGAAUCCUUUGCGAGAGCAAAAAACUGGGUUAAAGAACUUCAAAGGCAAGCAAGUCCUAAUAUUGUGAUAGCUUUGUCAGGAAACAAAGCUGACUUAGCAAAUAAAAGAGCUGUUGACUUCCAGGAAGCACAGUCCUAUGCAGAUGACAACAGCUUAUUAUUUAUGGAGACAUCAGCUAAGACGUCAAUGAAUGUAAAUGAAAUAUUUAUGGCAAUAGCUAAAAAGCUGCCAAAGAAUGAACCACAGAAUCCAGGCGCAAACUCGGCCAGAGGACGAGGAGUAGACCUUACUGAGCCUGCACAGCCAGCCAGAAGCCAGUGUUGUAGUAACUGAGUUCCAGUAUGAACUUCCUAAAUGGCAAAAACCAUGGAGUUGGGAGCAUUUAGCCAGCCCAGUGUGACUUCCAAAAAGAGACUAUGGUAGAAUCAAGUUUCUAAUACUGAAUUAUUUUGAGUGUUUUGAACUUAAUUUUUAAUAACAUGCAUGUGUUCCUCUGGCAGUAGAAAGGAAAAUGAGAACUGUGUGUACACUUGUUCCAUGGGAAAGUGCAGGGGAACAGUUCAUCUCCAGUGGGUAUAGACCCACUCUUAACCCACCCAGGCUCCAAACUGGGGUAAUAGUCAGGUAUGACAUACUCAAAAUUACUAAUGUAUGCUUUAGAAAAACAUUUUUAGAAGACUAAAAAUAUUUAUGCUUAGCAACAAAAGCCAAGCAAAUGGUAAUUUGAUUGUCUUAAAAGUAUACAUUUCACAUAUUAAUAAAGCAAUCCCAAGAAAACAGCCCUACAUCUGCAGAAAGAAGGAAUAUUGGUGACAUCUUAAUUUUAUUCAGUCCUGUUACUUCUUAAAAUUUGAUUGAAAAAAGUCACAUGUAACCCCAUCCUAUUUUAGGAAUAUAAAAACUGAUAAGUGCAUUUUAAUGGAUAGUGGUCCCUUCAUACGAGCUUCUCUUUAAAAAGUGGAAACAAACCAGGUAUCUGCUUUCUAUUUAAUCACUGUUGGCUAUUACAUAGAGGUCUGUCUGGAACAGGGAGGGGGCUCUGCUUCCCUUUGGACAUAAUUAGUCAGUGCACUAACAAUUAUGUACAUUCAAACUUGAUUAUUUUAAAUAUGAUCUUCAGCUGUACUGUAAAUAGAGUACUGCAUUGUAGUCUCCAUAUGUUUAUUAUUUCCUAUAAUAUUUAAGAAUUGCCUAAACAUAUACAAAAUGUACAGUUACUAAAACAGCUAAUUAUUUCUUUCUCCCCUAUGAAAGAAAGGGGCUUUGCUGUUCUUACAUGGCUAGAACCAUAAUAAAAAAUGUACUUGCAAUUUGUAACAUAAGUAUUACAAUGUUAUUAGUAAUAAUCUUGAAGCCUUGUUUUUUGAAGUCCAUUUUAUUUUAAUCAGUAUAUUGCACUAAUUAUUUUAGGUAUUUUCAUUAUAUGAAAUCUACCAUGUGUCAGAUGAUUUAAUCUAUUUAAGUGUUGAUCUGCUAGCAGAACUUGUACAUUUUACAGUAACUCAAAAUUAGUAAGGAAAACAGUUCACCAGUGUUUAGUUUUAUAAUGAGGUGCUCAGGUUGGAAUAAAGUGGUGUAAAAAGCAA